GCUUCCGCCCGACCGAUUCACGUGUCGAUGUCGCCGUAGCCGCCAUUAACACUGUGGGCAGCCGCGCUCGGCGCCGCCGCGCCCCCAGCCCGCAUCCAGGGCCUCUAGCCCGCCCGGGUGGGCCUGGCCUCGGCCCCUCCCCCACGCGACGGCCAUUGCUGUCAUCGCCCCGUCCCAUCGGGCGUUGGGGGUCGCGCCGGGAGGGACAUGGGUGACCGGAAGUGGGAGCUGUGAGCGCUGCCGCUCGGGGUCCGCGGUCUGAAGCCCGAGGCGCCGUCGGGGCCGCCGCGACGCAUGCAUGGAGAGCGCUAGGCAACAGGCUGCGCACCGACGGCUAAUCGGGACGCACGGGCUCCGCGGGGCGGGGGCUUUGCAGAACCGACUGGCCUCCCGGGGCGCAGGGACAUGAGGCUUAGUCAGGAGCCCGGCAAGGCGCGAAGCGCGUCGGCCUGCCCCGGUCGCCUGUGACUGGUGCGGAGCCCCGGGACUCGCCCGUCGUUGUCGGCAGCGGCAUGGUCUUCUGUCUGGAGAACGAGGAGCCUCGCCGCCCGCUGCCAAGCGCCAUGGUCCAUCUCCAGGCCUCGGAAGUCCAGCAGCUGCUACACAACAAGUUCGUCGUCAUCUUGGGGGACUCCAUCCAGCGGGCUGUGUAUAAGGACCUGGUGCUGCUGCUCCAGAAAGACUCAUUGCUCACAGCAGCCCAGCUGAAAGCCAAGGGGGAGCUCAGCUUUGAACAGGACCAGCUGGUGGCUGGGGGCCAGCUGGGUGAGCUGCACAAUGGAACACAGUACCGCGAGGUCCGCCAGUUCUGCUCGGGUUCUGGCCACCAUCUUGUGCGCUUCUACUUCCUCACCCGUGUUUACUCUGAGUACCUGGAGGACGUCCUGGAGGAGCUGGCAUAUGGGCCUACCCCGGACCUGGUGAUCAUCAACUCCUGCCUCUGGGAUCUCUCCAGGUACGGCCGCUGCUCCAUGGAGAGCUACCGGGAGAACCUGGAGCGGGUGUUCGUGCGCAUGGACCAGGUGUUGCCAGACUCCUGCCUGCUGGUGUGGAACAUGGCGAUGCCUCUGGGGGAGCGUGUCACUGGGGGCUUCCUCCUGCCGGAGCUCCAGCCCUUGGCAGGCUCUCUGCGGCGGGAUGUAGUUGAAGGGAACUUCUACAGUGCCACACUGGCCGGGGACCACUGCUUCGACGUCCUGGACCUCCACUUUCAUUUCCGGCAUGCAGUACGGCACCGUCACCGGGAUGGUGUCCACUGGGACCAGCAUGCCCACCGCCACCUCUCACACCUGCUUCUGACCCACGUGGCUGAUGCCUGGGGUGUGGAGCUACCCAAGCGGGACCGUCCCUCUGAACCAUGGAUUGAGGACUGGCCAGAGAUGGAUCAUCCGUUCCAGGGAAUCCACAGGCAGCCCCCAGACUUCAGGGAGCAGCUGCGCCCACCCCUGCCCUCUCCUUUGCCCCCUCCCAUGCCCUUUCCCUACCCUCUUCCUCAGCCUUCGCCGCCUCCCUUGUUCCCACCACUGCCCCAGGAUGCCCCUUUUUUCCCAGGCCAGCCCUUCCCACCCCAUGAAUUCUUCAAUUAUAAUCCAGUGGAGGACUUUUCGAUGCCACCCCACUUAGGAUGUGGCCCUGGAGUGAACUUUGUGCCUGGUCCUCUGCCACCUCCAAUCCCUGUCCCUGUCCCCCAUGGUCAGCACCGGGGUCCGGUGGUACACCGGGGGAUGCCACGCUGUAUUCCCAAUGGCCCCUACCCUGUGCCAAGGAUGGGGGGGCCUUGCAGGCAGCGGCUCAGACACUCAGACAGACUGAUCCACACAUACAAACUGGACGGACGGCCUCCUGCCGAUUCAGGGACAUGGCUUGGGUAGACUGGAAUUUGGGCUGGAUUUGUCAGCGGCCUUGCAGGGCCUGCCUGCCACCCCAGGUGCUGGGCCAGGGUGUCUGCUAUGCCAAGUGUUGUUCUUGUUCGUUGCUGUCACCAAUAAAGGCAUGGAAGAAUGGAAUGACA